GUGUUUUCCUGUUACAGCUCAUGAACGCAGAUUUCCCUUUUCGGAAACUUCUUAAAUGCAAGUGAGCGUGGAGCAAAUCCCAGCGCCACCGAGCGCCUUUACCGCCUCCAAGUGCUUCGGCUCCUUGGCCAAAAGUUUCGCGUCCAACUUGGAAACGCAUCAAAGGCUCCUUAGCCGGACAUUUCCGCGGAAAAAGAUGAGGAAAGAACCGGACACUGUCAACUCGAGCCAAGACAACAGAUUUAGGAAAAAGCUUCUUAGAGAGCCAAGUAAAUACAGUUAUUCAGGCCCUGUCCAACUCACCAGGGGUGCUCACAGAGGACUAUCGAAUGAUCAGAGUGUCUCGGUGUGUUGUCCGAGCUCCACUGGUGACAGCAGCCCAGUCAGCCUUCUCACAACGUGUUCAUGCAGUGCCGGCUACGCCACCGGCUUCUCUACCGAACACAGCUCCAUCUACUCCUGGAGAUACGAUGAGUUUGACCGAGAGAACACUCAGCAUGUUCGACAGCUCUUUAGUGCCCUGGAUGAACUGCUGUAUGAAGGUAAAGUGUGCAGUAAAUCAGAGUCUCUUCGCAAGGAGUGCGAAGAGUGGAACACACACUCCCCUCACCUCAGAAUUUUAGGCAACCAGUUGGAGCCUCCAAAGCAAGAGGGAGUUCAGUAUGUGCACUGGAGACCCAGUAGCACUGGGCCUGUAGCAUCACCUCCAUGCAUGGAUACAAGAGACACACGAGACAACCACAGCGAGCUAUGUGUUGAGGGCCACAGGUUGGCUCCGGGUUCCUGGUCUGAUCAGUCGGUCUAUUCUGGGUCGCCUCUUUCAGAGUUAUCGUGCUCUCUUUUCCCACAAGAGGAGGAGAUCUAUGAGGUAGAAGGCAGGAUAGAGGAGUUUCUAGCCUAUGAUGGGGGAGAAACGGACAAUGAGGAAAUGGAUCAAAGGAAGGCCUCAGCUGUUGCAUCCUGGGAUGGCAUACCCCGCGUGUCCCCCAACACAUGUAUUCGUGAUGCUGUGGCUGAUACAGUAUUUGAUGAUGUAUGGCGCGAGGCAGUGAGCUUACUGGAAGAGCUAUUGCGCAAACACCAGGAGAAGCCGCAUUCUGAUGGAGCAACACGGAGAUGGAUGCUGGAAAGCUCAAGCCAAUUCUGUGAUCCUUCAUCACAUCUCCUAUCAAGGGGAAGCCACAUUUCUCAGAGCAGAGGCACUAAUAGCAGGACCAUGUUUCUUUGGCCAAACCCCUACAAUGUGCAGGACUCAAAUGUCUUUAAGUCUAAUUUAAACGGUGUUAUGACAAUCCAAGCAAAACCUUUGCAACAGAGACAGCAGGGAUAUACAGAAAGGUCACUGUGUGACUCAGAUGACGGAAGCACCACACUCACCACCCUGAAAGCCCCAAGUGGAAUAAGCAUAAGCUCACACAAACCCUCUGGCCGGCGGAUUCUCCCAAGACUCAGUGGCAGAACUGUUCUGCGUCAGAACUUCCCAGCACAAAGCUCCCUGCGAGGAACCAGACUAUCCACUGUAGCUGAGGAUCUGCUCACCCCACCUGUGAGUGCAGUUCAGAACCACAGACUUCCUCUCAUCCACUCCGACACUGUAGAGCAAGAUUGUAACAUUCCUGUUUUGAGACCUACACAGCUCAGGGGUCGGAUCAUGAGAGGUGGUGCAGUGCACACGGGUUCCAGCCUUCCACACGUGAAAGAGCCCACUCUACUGCUGGAGUCCCUAUCUCGUCCCAACACCAACCACACAUUUAGGUCAGACACACCCAUGAAAAGUUCCUACACAGCCAUGGAUUUCACCUUUAGUAUGAGGACAGGGAGAAGCCUUUUCACUGGGAACUUCUCCAAAACAGGUGAAGGCACAGCUAUGGGUGUAACAGGCUACAGCAUGGGCAUCACCUCCUCCACAGCAAACAGCUUUUCUGACUGCGCUGCACCACCAAAGAGACGUGCAAAUCUUCUGUCUUCCUCUGAUACGGAGGGAGUGAACAUAACUGAACUCGGAUCUAUAGGUCCGCGGAAAGCAUCAAGUCGGUUUCCGAUACAUGGGCGGAAGAAGUUUCAGGUGGUAAUGCCCCAGCACAGUUAAAAAAAGUUUUACAAUAUUGCAGACACUGCAAACAGUGCAUCUCAUCACGACUAUAACAGUGUGAAAAGUAAAAUCAUCUGGUGCUUUACAGUCUAUAUUUUACCUCAACUAACAGAAUGUAUAGUUUUAUGGACAGUUGCACAGUUUGUUUUGUUCUUAAUGUUUUUUUCUAUUAGAAAUUGCAUGCCUGUGUAAAUGCCAAGUCGAUGCACAGUAUAUGCAAAAAAUUACUGUCAUUGCACUGUGCUGCAAUGAGUCUAUUUUUACUGCACUUCUAGAACAAAGUAUUGCAUGAUGCUUCACCCAUGAUGCUUUGAUUUAUAACUCACUUAUAGUCUAUUACUAUUACACUUUUGUAGCCUUAUUCAGUUACAUCUCCUUAAACAAAGUGAAAACGUAUUGCUCAGAAGUGCAUAAUAAUUUCUCUGCAUACUGUAUGUUAAGAAUGUUUUUAUGAGAACUUACCAAAUUAAACAAUAUGUACUAUUUCUAAAAAAUAA